UUUUCCCAUUCCCCAUCCCAUGCGCCCGCGCGCUGAUAAGUUGCUGGUGAACAACAAAAACUUAGUGGCAUUCGAAAUAAAAGUACUAAGCGUGCUCGUAACUCUGAACACAUCACAAAACAUCCGAGCGCUCGAAGUGUGAACGUCGUGUCGUCCGCUCUCCGGAAAAAAACAAGAAAUAAAAUAAAAACGCUACUUUUACUCAUCAAUGUGCGUCUAAAACGAAGUCAACGUCAAAUAUAAAUUUAAAGCGGAAAAUUCAAUAAAUCAACAAUGAGUGACAAAUCUGUAAACGGCUGCAAUUCUGGCCAGAGCUACAGUCAGUGCAACGGCACCGCCACCGCAACCACACAGCAGCAGGAAAAGGAAACCCCAACCAAAGGCAAAGACGUCCGCGUCUGGUGCGACGGAUGCUAUGAUAUGGUACACUUUGGGCAUGCCAAUUCUCUGCGACAAGCCAAAGCACUUGGCGAUAAGGUAAUUGUCGGCAUUCACACCGACGAUGAGAUAACCAAACACAAGGGACCGCCCGUCUUCACCGAGGAGGAGCGCGUCAAGAUGGUCAGGGGCAUCAAGUGGGUCGAUGAGGUGGUUCUAGGUGCCCCCUAUGUGACCACUCUGGAGGUUCUCGAUCAGAACAACUGUGAUUUCUGUGUGCAUGGCGAUGAUAUUACAAUGACCGCUGAGGGUGUCGAUACAUAUCAUCUGGUCAAGUCGGCCAAUCGCUACAAGGAGGUCCGACGCACAGCUGGCGUCUCGACAACCGAUCUGGUGGGUCGCAUGUUGCUGCUGACACGCAACCACUUCCGCCAGGGAUCCGCCGAAUACGACAUCGAGAAAGAAGCGAAAAUGUUAAAACUACUACAAAUAAAAUCCCAUCCAGGUUCAUCGAAUAUGGGUCAAGAUUCAGCUGCCAAAAGUCCCUGGACCGGCUGCAGUCAGUUCUUGCCCACCACACAAAAGAUAAUACAGUUCAGCGAUGGCAAGUCACCAAAUGCCGGCGACAAGAUUGUAUAUGUGGCUGGAGCCUUUGAUCUAUUCCAUGUGGGACAUUUGGACUUCCUGGAGAAGGCUAGCAAGCUGGGCGACUAUUUGAUUGUUGGCCUUCACACAGAUCCCGUGGUCAAUUCGUACAAGGGCAGCAAUUACCCCAUUAUGAAUCUGCACGAGCGCGUGCUCAGCGUGUUGGCAUGCAAGUUUGUCAAUGAGGUGGUGAUUGGAGCGCCGUACUGCGUCACCGAGGAGCUGCUCGAACACUUCAAAAUCGAUGUGGUCUGCCAUGGACGCACUCCUAUUGCGAUGGAGGAUGGUAAAAUUGAUCCGUAUGCCGUGCCAAAGACGAAAGCCAUUUUCGAGCUGAUCGACUCUGGCAAUGAGAUGACCACCGAGCGGAUUGUGGAGCGCAUCAUCUCGCAUCGUCUGGAGUAUGAGCGCCGCAACCAGGCCAAAGAGAAGAAGGAAAUCGAGGCCUUUGAGGCGUUGCAACGGCAGAAGCAGACCCAGAAGGCGGGCUAGCAGCAGCUGGAGCAGUCCCCCGUCCCUCCUUCCGAUUUCACACACUAGACGGAUGUUUUAUUUUAAAUAUUUUAGUUUCGUUUUUUAGUUUUUCGUUUUGUUUAGUGUUUAGUUUAAAUUUUUAUUUGGGCUUUGUUGCCCCUUGUUUCGUUAUAUGUUAUGUUCAGGGCGUGGCAGCCUCACAACACGCAAGCCCCCGCUCCCACAAGCAACACUCAGUUACUACCCCCCUGGACAGCGGAUCGGCUCGUGCACGCGCAUCUCGUUUUCUAGUACAAUUUUUGAAUAGCUGAGGGCUCGCAGUCAGGCAGGCAGGAGGCAUGCAGGAGGCUCUCUGCAAGCCUCAAUGAUAUAUAAAGUUAUAUAAAUCGAUAUAUAUAUAUACACUACGAUAAUAGCAUAUUUAAAAUCUAAAUUGUAUGUAAGCUCAAAAUUGUAAAUUCUAUGUAAUAAGUGUUGAGAAGCAAGAGUCAUGAGUGAGUGGAAAGCAAACUCUCAAAAUUGUACGAAAUAUAUUAGUUUAGGCCAAAAGCAAUGAACUUGUCUAAUCGCUAAUCUACAGUAUAUAGUUAUCAGCCUGGCUUGUGCUUGAAGUGUAAAUACAAAUGGGAACUCUAGCCGCAAGUGGCCCCAAGUGGAAGAAAGUGAACGAACUCUGGAUCUAUCAAAAGUAAUCUCUGAUAUUUUGUCUUCAAAUACACAUAUAUCCAACCUAGUGCAAGUUCUUGUCCGCUAAUGCUACUCCUAAUGUUUUAUGUUCAAUGUUUAGCUCUAGAUUAAAAUAUAUUUAUGUACAUGGCCAAAAAGUAA